AUGGCAUCCGCGGCCGCUCAAACAGAGGCAGCUCUGACGCCUCCGUCGGGCAUCGAGUCCAACUUCAACGGGCCGGGAGAGGCAUUACAUAUGUGGAAUCUUAUCACGCAGGGUCUCUGCAUCUCCUUAACGUCAAUAAUUUUCUUGUUGAGGAUGUAUGUCCGGACCGUGUACGGAACCAUGGUCAUAUACGGACCAGCCGCAUUUCUCACGAAGGCAUCCAUCCUCCUAAUCCUAACCCGAGUUUUCGCGCCUUACCGCAAAACGGUAAGGUUCAUAUAUGUAUACUUUGGGGUACUGCUCGCAUAUUACGUCCCCGCGAUCAUCGUUAAAAUCCGCAUCUGUAUGCCCAUAUCCCACUUUUGGAUGGGUCAGGCUUCGAAUGGGUCAUGCUUGGAUGAACGAGCCAUUAUUCUAGCUGAUGCAAUUAUCAGUGUCGUGAGCGACUUGACAAUUUUGGUCUUGCCGCUUCUUUUGACCCAUUCGCUGCAGAUGUCUCUUAAGAAGAAAAUCCGCGUCAUUGGCAUUUUGGGGGCAGGUGGUUUGGCCUGUGCAUCGAGCAUUGUGAGACUGGUUUUGAUAGUUCAGAAGGGGAAUGCCAAAGAUCAGACUUAUGUGUUCAUGCAAAUCAACCUUUGGGGGAACGCGGAGGUGAGCAUUGGGAUAAUCUGCGCCUGUCUCCCGUCGCUCGCCGCGUUACUCAACCGCGUAUCGAACGAAUACAUGUCGCGAAAUGGCAGCAGGAGCUAUGACUGCGAGCUGGCCGGAACGGACACACUGACAGGGUCCAGCUCCAAAAUUGGGUCCCAAGGCAGCUUUAAUGAUGCAGGGUCUGACCAAGAAAUCCUAACCUCACAUGCACAGCCAGACUUGAAGGUUGAGACUGCAAUCCGAGCUGACGAGCCAGGCACUAAGCAUUCCCACAACCACGGGCUUCACUCCUUCACUGGCCAUGGGAUCAUGAAAACGGUUGAUGUUUCGCAUACAAUCACCACUAAGGAAUGA